UAUUGCGAUUGCCGUCAAAUUUUUUUUGGAAUAGUAAUGGACAGAAAUAUUUCGGCAUAUUUACAACCGAACACUUAAGAAAAAAUCAAAUUUAAAAUAUUUUACAGCCCCUAAUUCUUGUUCGAAUUUAUAUUAAUAUUGCAUUUAUAAAUAGUUCAUCAUAAUGGGUGGAGUUUUUAGUUAUUUUCGGGGUCUCCUCGGAUCGAGGGAAAUGCGAAUUCUUAUUCUGGGAUUGGAUGGUGCCGGAAAAACAACAAUUUUGUAUCGUUUACAAGUUGGUGAGGUGGUGACAACAAUUCCAACGAUAGGCUUUAAUGUCGAACAAGUCACUUAUAAAAAUCUAAAAUUCCAAGUUUGGGAUUUAGGUGGACAAACUAGUAUUAGACCUUAUUGGCGGUGUUACUAUAGCAACACAGAUGCUAUUAUUUACGUUGUCGAUUCAGCCGAUCGAGAUCGAAUCGGUAUAUCCAAAGAUGAAUUACUUUACAUGUUGAGGGAAGAAGAACUCGCUGGUGCGAUACUCGUUGUUCUAGCAAAUAAACAAGAUAUGGAAGGAUGUAUGACCGUUGCUGAAGUACAUCAUGCUUUAGGUCUUGAACAUUUGAAAAAUCGAACGUUUCAAAUAUUUAAAACAUCAGCGACCAAAGGUGAAGGCUUAGACCAAGCAAUGGAUUGGUUAUCAAAUACAUUACAAAGCCGAAAAUAACCUAGCUAAGUUUUAAAAAUUAAAUCAGUUCAAAAUAAACAAACAACAACAAAAAAAAAACAAUUUCCAAAUAAUAAUAAAAAAAAUAACAAGUAAUUUACCCAAAAAAAUAUAAUAAUAAAUAAAAAUGAUACAAAAUAAAUAAGACCGAACUUAAAAAGAAAAACAAAACAAAAAAGAAGAGAAUAUCACAUUAUUCCAAAACCAAAACGUUUGUAAAUUAUAAUUUGUAUAUUGUCGUGAUGUUUCUGUUUCUCUAAAUGGAAAUCUUUUUCUCUCCUCUUUUUCUAUUUAAAAAUAUGUUUAAAUUCAAUUAAAAAAAAACCCACAAGUUUUGAAAAGUUUAGAAAAAAAGGUCAACAGCAAACACACAAUUUCAUACAAAACCAACAACAAAAAGAAAACAUCAUUGUUUUUGUAAUAAUGUAAUAAAAAGUUUAG